CAUUUGAGAGCAGACUGGCAGCCCAUCAUCAGUGAUAUUAGAUAUUUUAUUUUUAAUUUGAGGGUAGCUGAAUGGGUGUUUAGGUGAAUGCUGGGAUUUGGGUGCGCAGGAGAUUUCAGUAUGAGAGGCCAGACGAGCUCAGCUGCAGUCAGGAUGUCUGCCUAUGACCAGAAUGAUUCCAAGUUGAUGCGGAAAGUGAAGGAGAACCCAUUUGUUCCAGUUGGAAUUGCAGGAUUCUUUGCCAUCGUUGGCUACAGACUGAUGAAGAUGAAGAGUCGAGGAGACACAAAGAUGUCGGUGCACCUUAUCCACAUGCGUGUAGCUGCGCAAGGCUUUGUGGUCGGAGCCAUGACAGUUGGUGUCCUUUAUAAAAUGUACAAUGAUUACAUCGUAAAACCCCGAGAAGAACAGAAAGCGACGCAAGACAAGUGAACCCAGCCUCUUCCACACUUGCUUUAUGUCCCUCAUACUUAUGUAUUAUCUACACCAGAGGUCCCAAACGUGUGGCCGCCCAAUCAAUUCCCUGCGGCCCGCCACUUAAUGUCAAGUUCUGAGUUAUUUCCGUAUGAAAGAAGGACUUAUUUUCACUCGCUGACCACCUACUGACCAAGCUAGACAGUCAGUGGCCCCCAGGUCAUUUGAGUUUGAGACCUCUGAUCUACACAGAUGUAUCAUAUUAUUUUAACAGGCACACAUCUGUUUAGCAGCUCACCUCUUCUGUACAUGGCUGUAAUGUAUUGAUGAUACUUCCACCAUAGGGUCUAGCUGGUGUACCACUGAUCCCAGCCACUGGACUCUCUGUGUGUCUGUGGUUAUAAACCCUGCUGGUUUGAUGUUCUGACAUGACUCGACUCGAGUUUUAUUGUCUCUUUUAAAUGAUCAAUGGUAAGUCAGUGGAAGAUAAAAUGCAGGAUGUGUAGCAUAUUUAAAAACCGUGACCAACCUGGUCAUUUAGUUUCAACCACCAUCAUUGCCACAGUAUAUUCUUGUAUAUAUUAUAGCCCCUUUUUAUUUAUUUAUUUAUUUUUAAAAAAGGGCCUCUGAAUAUACGCAAGGUAUACUUUGACAACUCUGGGCUUACAGAUAAGACCUGAGCUCUCAGAACACCAUUCCAAAAAAAACAAAAUGUUUAAAUGAUGACAUGGAAACGAAAAUAAAAUAAAAUAAAACAGCUUAAAAGGGCCACAUUUCUUUAUUAGACCAUAUGAGCAUAUUGUACAAUUACACUGGGCUUCAUUUAAAAGAUAUUCCAAUUGUUAUCAUUAUGCUGUGAUUUACAGGGAUCCAGAAUUUCACAAGCCCUCAACUGACCUCUAAACCUACAGACAGGUGUGCAUACAAACAACUGUAUUACCUGCUUCAUGACAUAUAUGCCUUAAUUUAUAAACACAAAGCCAAGCUUUAGAUAUUUUGUGCAAAUACAGAGCAGGGUAUUUUAGAAUAUUUUUUGUUUUGUUUUGUUUGGUUUUUCAUUAGGAAAUAAAGUGACAAGUAUUUUCAUUCUGAAAUGCUGCUGUGUUUCUCUUGCACUAAAGAGUAAAUCAUCAUACACUCGAAUAACCUCUGUACUGACGGAUGAACUGAUUAAACAAAAAAUAAAACGUUUAAGGAAACGUCAUCCACAAUGAAAACAAAAACUGGACAAAGCUUUUUAUGAAAGUAGGAUUAAAUUUUUAAUAUAUUGUAUCCCAAACUGCCAAAUGAUUGAUCACAAAGGUUCAGCUGUGAUAUAUAUUCCUUUUUCUUUUUUUUUAACCUCCUAAUGGAACUUUUUUUGUGAUCACUUACUGUUGUCCUACUCGGUGUCCCAAAAAAGUCUCCAAACAAUAAAACCAUUGAAUGUG